AUGGCAAUGCCCCAGAAUUCGACUGGAGAAAAUGGCUUUUGUUUUGCUCAGACGCUCGACUUCUCCCGCCCUUCUCCCCCUCCCGGCGAGGCCCGCCGGACCUUCGCCGCCCCGAGCGGGCGGGAGCCGUGCGGAACCCCGCUGAGCAACGGCACGGCGUCCUCCAGUGCUCCCAGUCCUGCCGACUCCUGCGCCGAGCCCCUCUGCUCCGCCGCCCCGGGCGAGGAGGGCACCCAGUUCGGCCAAGGGAUUAAAUACGUGUCGGCCGAAGGGGAGGAACUGGCGUGCGGCUGGGGGGGGUUCACCCCUGGGUGCUUACAGCUCUUCAACACGUCCAAGGGCGUCUUGUUCUUCCUCUGCAUGGCCUCCUUCCUGCAAGGCAUGACGGUGAACGGCUUCAUCAACACGGUCAUCACCUCCAUCGAGCGACGCUUUGACCUCCGCAGCUACCAGAGCGGGCUGAUCGCCAGCUCCUACGACAUCGCGGCGUGCAUCUGCUUGACCUUCGUCAGCUAUUUCGGGGGGAACGGCCACAAACCGCGAUGGCUGGGUUGGGGCGUGCUGGUCAUGGGCUUGGGUUCCCUGCUCUUCGCCUUGCCCCACUUCACCACGGGACGGUACGAGGCGCGUUCGGCGGCGGAGGUGGGCAUCUGCGGGGGGAACCAGAGCCUGCCCUGCGCCCAGGCUGCCUCCAGCCCCUCCAGCUACAGGUUCGGCCUCACUCCCCUGUGUACAUUGGGUUUAUUUUCCUUUUCAGCUGUUUUCUACACUGCUGCAAUCCUUGGGCCUGCAGCGGGUUAUCUGGUAGGAGGAAUGUUUCUAAAUAUUUAUACUGAAAUUGGCAGAGAGAUCGACAUCGCCCCGGAGAACACGCUGUGGGUUGGGGCAUGGUGGAUCGGCUUCCUCGGGGCCGGCGCCGCCUCCCUCCUCAUCUCCAUCCCCAUCCUGGGGUACCCCCAGCGCCUCCCAGGAUCCCAGCGGUAUAUCGUUAUGAGGGUGUCGGAGGCUCAUCAGCUAAAGGAUGGGAGCCACAAGAAAGCAUCGGAUCCGGACUUUGGGAAAACAGUUAAAGAUCUACCUCGAUCAGUCCUACUGCUUCUGAAGAACCCCACAUUCAUCUUCCUCUGCUUAGCGGGAGCGACCGAAGCCACCCUCAUUGCUGGGAUGUCCACGUUUGGGCCCAAGUUCCUGGAGUCUCAGUUUAGUUUAAGUGCCUCUGAAGCUGCUACCUUUUUUGGUUAUCUGGUUGUGCCAGCCGGAGGGGGAGGCACAUUCCUGGGAGGAUUCCUGGUGAAUAAAUUUAAACUCCGCUGUUCAGGAAUCAUCAAAUUGUGUUUACUUUGCACAGUAUCAAGUCUGCUGGCUAUAUUCAUUUUUUUCAUUCACUGCCCUAACAUGCCGAUGGCAGGAGUAACCCAGAUGUACGAGGGAAGCGUGUUGCCCGGUGGCCACCUAAACCUGACAGCAGCCUGCAACGCCGAGUGCGGCUGCCUACGGGAGACCUACAGCCCUGUCUGCGGGAGCGAUGACGUUAUGUAUUACUCUCCCUGCCACGCCGGCUGCAAAGAAGUGUCUGAAAACCUCAGGAAUGGCAAGAAGGUCUACCACGAGUGUAGCUGCGUUGAGAAAACCCUCCUGUCCGGCCUCAGCGACGCAGAGGCAGGGAAAUGCACCUCCUCUUGUGCUAAAAAGCCCUUGCUGCUGUUCUUCAUGUUCGUGGUGAUCCUCUUCACCUUCCUGAGCAGUAUUCCUGCCCUGACCGCCACUCUGCGGUGCGUCUCCGACAGGCAAAGGUCAUUCGCACUCGGGAUCCAGUGGAUUGUAGUACGAACACUAGGAGGCAUCCCUGGCCCCAUCGCCUUUGGGUCCAGGAUCGAUAAAUCCUGCCUGCUGUGGCAGGACCAGUGCGGCGAGCAAGGUUCUUGCUACGUGUACCAGAACUCAGCCAUGAGCCGGUACACCCUCGUCGCUGGACUGGUCUACAAGGUGCUCGGGACGACCUUCUUUAUAGUCGCCUGUUUACUCUACAAGCCCCCGCCGGCAGAGUCGGCUCCGGGCAGCUCAGAUGCAUCUGACAAUGGCAACUGUGACCUCCAGGAACACAAACCUGCGCUGCCGGCUGAAGAAGAUAUAUAG